GCCGUCAACGGAACAGAUGUUCGUCUGAAGUGCACAUUUCAGAGUUCGGCAGCGAUCAACCCCAGUACCGUCAUCAUCUCCUGGACCUUCAGACCUCUGAAAGGAGGCAGAGAGGAUUCGCUGUUCCACUACCAGCAGCGAGCAUACCCACCUGUGGAGGGCAUCUUUAGGAAGAGAAUCGAAUGGGCUGGUGAUGUCAUGGGCGGCGACGCCUCCAUCAAAAUCAAAGAGGUCAAGUUCAUUUACAACGGCACCUACAUAUGCCAGGUGAAGAACCCGCCGGACGUCCACGGCCCGGUUGGAGAGAUUCGACUCCGUGUU